UCUCCUCUCAAGCUUCGUCGCUUUGCCAAAACAACCUGACGUCUUCGUCGUCGACCUAUUCCGAGAGGAUGUUUCUCAUCAACUACAUGGAGACCAUGGCCUUUGCGAUGCUGGCUUAUGAUGCUUACAAGGGCCGCACUAAGCAUAUCUCGUUGCAAACAUGCCUCGCCCUGACGUUGUCGUUGGUCCUGGGCGCCUUCAACCUCCCGCGCGCUUGGUAUCGUAAAAUUCACAAGUUGAUCCUUGUCUUUGCUGGUUGCUGCUUUGGUUCAUUGGCCUGCUGGGGCGUUUCCAAAGACACUGAGGCGGAGGGAGAGGACAAUCUGACGAUUCCUGGAGUGCCACCCCGUGCCUCCCAAGCGGUCAUCUACGUGUCUGCGCUGAUCAUGGGCCUCCUGUCCCUUCUGGUGGCCUGCCGCUUUUCGCCUAGCGAGACGUACAACUUUAUGUUCGCGGACGUCCAAAGCUCUGUGUGCACCUUCCAAAAUUUCCUGCACGCCUUUGCACUGCUGCCACAGCUGGUCUUGUGCCGUCGCAAACACUUCGUCUCCCCGGCAGCACUGCGCUUCCUGGUGCUGCUUGGCACGAAACAUCUCUAUGAGUUCAUCACCGAUGCCUAUGUGUCCUACCAGCAUUAUCAGAGG